AUGUAGCCAUUUCUGACCUGGCAGCAGGGAAAAUGUGAGACAAUUUGCUGCUGCUGGAAGGAGGUCAGCUGAGGCUGUGUUCCUGCAAGAGCAGAUUGACUUCAUUGCGGUGGACCGGGCAUCGGAACAAGCCAAAAUGGACGACAGUAUGGAUACAAAAUCCAUUCUAGAAGAACUUCUUCUCAAAAGGUCACAGCAAAAGAAGAAAAUGUCACCAAAUAAUUACAAAGAGCGGCUUUUUGUUUUGACCAAAACAAACCUCUCCUAUUAUGAAUAUGACAAAAUGAAAAGAGGUAGCAGAAAAGGAUCAAUUGAUAUUAAGAACAUCAGAUGUGUGGAGAAAGUCAAUCUUGAGGAGCAGACCCCUGUGGAGAGACAGUACCCAUUUCAGAUUGUCUAUAAAGAUGGGCUUCUCUAUGUCUAUGCAUCAAAUGAAGAGAGCCGAAGUCAGUGGUUGAAAGCAUUACAAAAUGAGAUAAGGGGCAACCCCCACCUGCUGAUCAAGUACCACAGUGGGUUCUUCGUGGACGGGAAGUUCCUGUGCUGCCAGCAGAGUUGCAAAGCGGCCCCAGGAUGUACUCUCUGGGAAGCAUAUGCUGAUCUGCACAUUGCAACAAAGGAAGAGAAACUGAGAAUUCCCGCCUUCCCAGACAGAAUGCUGAAGAUUCCUCGAGCAGUUCCUAUUUUCAAAAUGGAUGAACCAUCCUCAAGUACCACUCUAGUCCAGUAUGAAAGUGACUCAAAGAAAAGCUAUGACUCCCAGCCAAACGUCAAUAUGCAGUAUGUUCCAAGGGAAGAUUGCCCUGACUGGUGGCAAGUAAGAAAACUGAAAAGCAGUGAGGAUUUUGCAUGCAGCAACCAAAGAGAAAAAAAUGUGAAUCACAGCACUUCAAAGAUGUCAUGGGGAUUCCCUGAGUCAAGUUCAUCUGAAGAAGAGGAAAACCUGGAUGACCAAGACUGGUUUGCAGGUAACAUCUCCAGGUCACAAGCUGAACAGUUACUGAGACAAAAGGGAAAAGAAGGAGCAUUUAUGGUUAGAAAUUCCAGUCAAGUGGGAAUGUACACAGUGUCUUUAUUUAGUAAGGCUGUGAAUGAUAAGAAAGGAACCGUCAAACAUUACCAUGUGCAUACAAAUGCUGAGAACAAAUUGUACCUGGCAGAAAACUACUGUUUUGAUUCCAUUCCAAAGCUUAUUCACUAUCAUCAACACAAUUCAGCAGGCAUGAUCACACGACUCCGCCACCCUGUGUCGACCAAGGCCAACAAGGUCCCCACCUCCGUGUCUUUGGGAAGUGGAAUCUGGGAACUGAAAAGAGAAGAGAUUACCCUGUUGAAAGAGCUGGGAAGUGGACAGUUUGGAGUAGUCCAUUUGGGCAAGUGGAAAGGGCAGUAUGAUGUUGCCAUUAAGAUGAUCAAGGAGGGCUCCAUGUCAGAAGAUGAAUUCUUCCAGGAGGCUCAGACCAUGAUGAAACUCAACCAUCCCAAGCUGGUGAAAUUCUAUGGAGUGUGCUCAAAGAUAUAUCCUAUAUACAUAGUGACUGAAUAUAUAACCAAUGGCUGCUUGCUUAAUUAUCUGAAGAGUCAUGGAAAAGGACUUGAAACCUACCAGCUCUUAGAAAUGUGCUAUGAUGUUUGUGAAGGCAUGGCCUUCUUGGAGAGCCACCAGUUCAUACAUCGGGACUUGGCUGCUCGGAACUGCUUGGUGGACGGUGAUCUCUCUGUGAAAGUAUCUGACUUUGGAAUGACAAGGUAUGUUCUUGAUGACCAGUAUGUCAGCUCAGUAGGGACCAAGUUUCCGGUCAAGUGGUCAGCCCCAGAAGUGUUUCACUACUUCAAAUACAGCAGCAAGUCAGACGUAUGGGCAUUCGGGAUCCUGAUGUGGGAAGUGUUCAGCCUGGGGAAGCAGCCCUACGACUUGUACGACAACUCCCAGGUGGUUGUGAAGGUCUCCCAGGGCCACAGGCUCUACCGGCCCAAACUGGCAUCGGACACCAUCUACCAGAUCAUGUACAGCUGCUGGCAUGAGCUUCCAGAAAAGCGUCCCACAUUUCAGCAACUUCUGUCUUCCAUUGAACCACUUCGGGAAAAAGACAAGCCUUAAAGAAGAAACUAGGAGAUCUGAUAAGAAUGGACAUAAAUGUUAGCCAACAUCUUCAUUCUUUUUAAGGAAAGUAGCAAGGCACAGAUGACCUAAUUUAGUGAGUUCUUCUUACUGGUAUUCUGUGUGCUGUUUGUUAUAUUAUCUAGAAAUGAAUAAAGUAAGAAAGAAAAGAUUUCCUUGAAAUUUAGGUCAAAUUAAUAAUUUUGUUUAUGCUGCUCUUAAUAUUAUCAUUCCAAGCCUAUAGCAGAAGCACAUUUCCUGAUUGCAGUAAAGAGGGCAUAUACCACAUGUAAAGAUUGAACAGAACUGAAAAAUUAUUUGUUCCAUAUUUGUUCUUUUCUUUAUAUCAUCACUCCCAUGAUAAUUAAAUAUGCUAUUAAUAAGUACAAAAUGUGGACAUUUGCCUUCAUGUUUCAAUGUUCUCAAUCUUUAGCAUGCAUGUGAAUCAAAUGAAGAGUUUAUUAAAACACAGAUUCCUAGGAACUACCCAAGAGAUUCUGGUAGAGCAGGUCUGAGUGCAGCCAGAGAAUCUACAUUUUUAACAAGUGUCAAUAUGUUCCUGUGCAGUCAGAACUGCCCUAGGAGACCUCAUUAUAUGAUGGGCAUCACUAGGUGGUCCACAACUUAAUCCAAAUAACACAAUUCUCAUCACAGAUCAUUGUCAAGCUUCACUUGAAGCUUAUAUUAGAACAAUGACUUUAUGUCACCAUGUAUACAAAUAUAAAACUAAAGUUCAACAAUAUUAUCUAUAUUAAUAAAAGGGUAAUGUGCUAAUUAUACCAGUU